CCACCGACGUUGUAAGGACGAGAAAAAAGGCUACGAGGCUGACCAAUAAGGCGGAUUACAGGUUUACCUUUUGGACAUGUCCGAUGUCGUCAUUGGGAAAGCACUGUAGCAUCGCCUUGCAUUUCAUUCCUGACAAAAAUGGAUCACCGUUGGCUGGGAGUACGAACUGAUGCGGGAAUGUCAACAUUAAAACAACUUGAUGGAGAAAACUAGAAGAGUUCCUUUAAGAUGACACGCACAGACUUGCCUGACAUACUAAUAUCAGCUGUGCAUCAAGAUAUAAAAGUCGUCCCCAUUUCUUCACACUACAAGUCCUUGCAACCUUCCAGACAAUGUGAUUCCCUGAAAUACAGCACACUGGAGGACAAUCAGAAUAAUUAUAAUAAGAGGCACUGCCGUACCUUUGACUGCAAGUCACUGGAGUACCCAAAAUCUUACAAAUACUCAAUGGAAUCCCCAUACAGGAGGGCUGAUAGGCAUGCAGCCAACCCAGAUGUUGCCUGGAAUGCCUUGGACCGCCAGCAGAGAUACCGCUUCUCUGCUCCAGACAUUUUCAGCAAUAGGUUGACUCCUCAACCAAUGGGUGCAGAUAUGGCAAGUGAGGUAGUUAUUACUGAACACAAGAGAAGGACCAGGUCAAAAAGUGCGCCCAGAGUCCAGACCAGUCUCACUUCUGUGUCUUUUGAAGGGUCUUCAUCUGCAGGGAGGAGGGGCAGAGAGGCCCAAAGGGCUCCAAGGGACUCUCACUGGAGGCCAGAAGUGUCACCACGUAGGGAGUCCUCCUAUGCGGCAACUAGGGCUCAUAUGCAUGAAGUACAUCCUAUUAAGUUGCAGCCUCAAAUGAGUGACACCAGCAGAUAUUCACCCCUUUAUGUUGCAGAUGGUUCAGAGGAUGGAAGGCUGGACAAACCAGCCACUAGCCCUCAUGUCAGAUGCCGGGUGGACAUCAAACCCGAUGAGGCAGCAUUACCGCAUUCUGGAACAAAACAGACAACACCUCAAGUGGACAUACCCUGGCAGAGAUACCACAGUGGGGGCAGUAGGAGCCUUACAGUGCCACGCCAUUUCUCCUACUCUAGAACACCAACUCCCACUGACUCAUUUGGCAAUGAGUGUAGGCAAGCAUACCAGUAUUCCCGCAGCAUGCCAAGUAGUUACCCACAACCCAUGGAGAUUCCUCUGCAAAGGAUGCCAUCGCCAGGUGAUUACUAUGGUAGGGAACGCAGAGCGCAUUCCAGUCCUAAUGUGCCAACAAAGUUCUUUUAUGCAGAUGAUGCAGGGAGGUAUGUUACUACAGCCCCUCCUCAACCAAGUUCUUACUUUCAUGACGAUCGGUAUAUGCCAGGGCAAACUAUUACUCCCAAAGUACAAUAUGUAAAUGAUCCAAGGACUCGUAUGGUGCACGCUGUAGGAGCCAGACCCUAUUUUACUGAGAUGGAUCCAUAUCCAUACUCUGUGCAGGCUGCAUAUCCUAAACCCUAUGCAGCAAAUGAGCCAGGGCCAUAUAUCAUCCAGACGCCCCCAACAAGAACAUUUUAUGGGGAUGAUCCAAGGACUUAUCAAAUCCAGACUACUCCGCCAAGGAUUUUCUAUCCCACUGACAUGUAUGCAGUGCCACCAGAGCAUCAUAUCCCAGCAAGGGCAUAUUACACAGAGGGACGAAGACAUGCUCGGGUUGUUCAGCCACAAACAGAAGAGUGGUAUGGCUCAGAUGCAUCUGGAUAUUCCACAAAUCCUGCUUCCUAUGUAUCCCAAGUCACUCCAACCAGGGUUAGGCAAGAGCCCAUGUUGACACCCUGGUAUGCCAACCCAUGCAUGGAACCACAAAGAAUUGGCACAGAUUCCAAACCUUACUCAAGGUCUUGGGACAAUAUUCUCAAUUCUCGUGUAGAACGGGAACAGCCUCUUCCAGUCCAACGUGGUCAGAGCUAUGAUAACCUUCUUGACCCCAGGAAGCCUGCAGCAACAAUCACAGAUGACAAGCCACAACCAGUGGUAGUCAAUCUCUCUAGUUCACCAAGACGCUAUGCAGCCUUAUCCAUGUCUGAUAACUCCUUGAUUGACAAAAGCCCAACAGAGGCAUCAAAGAGCACUACCAGUAAACUCUGGUUUGUCACUCCUGAGAUAACAAUAACUGAUAAUGAUAUUCGACCAGGUAACCUUAGUAAGUCUGAAGGACGGUCUGCCAGUUGGGAUAUUCUGGACUCUAGAAGCACUGGUGCCCCAGAAACCUCUCAGCAUGACACCAUGUCUUGCUUUGCAAACUCAACCAAAGAGAAGACACAUGACAGCGCCUCUCUACAACAAAGCCUCGAACAACUUGAUGAGCUCCUAGCAGACCUUGUGACUGACUACAAGCCACCCAGUCGCAGGGCAAGUGAGGACAUUCUGGAUCAACUGAAGAAGCUGAUCGAUGAGGAAGAGGCAGCAUCUUUAUCCAGAAAAAGUUCAAAGGCAGGGUCAGAGGAACCAACUCCUCUUGACAAGCAGCCCACCUCAGUAAGAAUAAAUCCUGAUGCUUUCCGAGAUAUGGACGGGGGCAGUGAUGCAAUGAAGAGUGCAGAUGAGUGCUCUCCAGACCAGAGCCCAGAUGAGGAUGAUACAAUGAUGUGUUCAAACAAUAAAUGUCGCCGGACAGAGACCUUGUUUAAUGCUUGCCUGUACUUUAAAUCCUGCCACAGCUGCUAUACCUACUACUGCUCCCGCAACUGUCGCAGGGAGGACUGGGACAUUCACAAAGAGAGCUGUCUGUAUGGAAGAAUUGGCAGCAUUUGUCGUCAUAUCAUCAAGCACUGCCGGGAGACUGUUGAUGUCCACAAAGCCUUCUCCCGUAUUGCCAAAGUGGGCUUUCUUUCCAGGGGAAGAGGCGUCCUCUUCCUUGGUUUUCCAAACCCUGGGUCAUCCAGUAAUUUUCUGCAGUAUGGCUUGGAUAGCCUCUUAAUGUCCCCAACAUACCUCUCCCUUCGAGAGCUAGAGAGCUUCAAGGACAACCUAGGGGAGUACUGUAAGGAGCUGCAAGAGGCUGGUAAAGAGUAUGACCCAAACGAAUGUUUCCUCUUGAAUGUAUCCAUUGCUGUCGGUGAGCAAUUGCCUGAUGGACCAUCACCAAGGAACCAGGCUCCAACUGUCAGGAAGUAUGCCAAGGUAGCACUGGCUUCCUUUAGCCCGGAGAGAAAGGUUCACAAGAAAGAAAGUGACAUGGAAACAUUGAUCCUCACACCACCCCCAGGCACAGCAGAUAUUGACAAAGAGGGGGAGGAAGGCAGGAAGGCCAGGGAAAUAUGUUUCAUCAAUAUACAACGGGAGUUAAGGAUUCGAGGGGUUUUCCUACGCCAUGAAUAUCCACAGGUUUAUCAGCAGCUCUGUGAGUUUGUGGAAAGUAACAGAAGGUUCACACCCACAACUAUUUAUCCUAUUGACAAGAGGACAGGUAAGCAGUUCAUGUGCAUGAUCAUGGCUGCCUCUGAGCCUAGAACACUCGACUGGGUAGGCACCCCCCAUCUCCUUGAUGACAUCAUUUAAGAGCACCUUUUGUUGUAAAUAUAUAUGUAUAGAAAUACAUAUAUAUUGUUAUACAUAUUUCUAUAUCAAUCUGAUUAUAAACAUUUGAAGAUAAGUAUUUUGUUAUCAAAUAGAUAUAUAUUCAUGUCUGCGUGAUCAGUAUUAUUCACUAUUAGAAUAUUGCCUGUCAGAUGCAGAAUGAGUGCAGUAUAUUGUUUAUUAAUUUUUGACUUCUGAACAAAUAUAUACCGUUUCCACCACAAGAGUCAUUUAUCUGUAGCCUGCUCUGAUUUCCUGUUACAAAACUCCCCCACAUUCCUUUUGGCAGGGAUUAUCUAUACUCACAUUUUGGUAUUUUGAUUUGAUCUCAACUUACUAGCAAAUACAUUGUUUGAGACCUAGGUUCUUAAAAUGAGAUAUUAUGUCCAUUCUUAUGUGUGAGUAUAAAGUGACUAUUUUUCAAGAGUAAUUUUAAUGGCAUAUCAUGCAGAAAAUAUUAAAGUUAUUAUUUUCUUAGCUACAUCAAUACUUUCUAUGCAAAGAUGCUUAAUGGGUUAAGUACCACAUUCCUGUAAAAUGAGCUGUUUCUGUUAUAUAUUACAUUAUAUUAUAUUAUAUUAUAUUAUAUUAUAUUAUAUUAUAUUAUAUUAUAUAAAAUAUUUUAAGAUUUUAUUGAAAUUGUGAUGUUAAAACCGGUGGCAACAUAGAUCCUCAUUUACUCUAAGAAUCUGAAAUUGCAAAAGGACAGCCAUGUUAGUGGAAUCAUCUACAAAAACAGGUAAAGGCAUGAAGUCUUACUGCUGCUGCGAUGGGAGUACUAAACUGUAAGUUGUUGACUUAUUCCUCUUUACUGAACCUAAUGGCAUGUGCUGGGGAAAGAAUUAAUUCAGUAGUGCUUUAAUGUUGCUUGCAGAAUUACUGGAGCAAUACUGGACUUGAAGACAAACUCCACAAUGAAUACUAAAAUGGUGCCAGAUAUCAGCCACACAGUGGGUGUUGGCCUGUACUGUUCAGUUUGAAACACUGUGAAUAGUGAAAGACAGAUUUUCAUCUACUACAAAAAAACAAAAAACAAAAACUGGUACGAAACCAAGAAACCAUGCAAUUUUCUGUAAACAUAAGCUGAUGAGUGGUAUUUUGAGAUAUAU